GCUAGCUCAGCUUGCUAGCAGAGAUAACAAGCACUUCAGUUCCCAUUAACUAUACUCUACCUAAUUGUUUUUACCUAAUAGUGUAACACAGACCUAUGAAGCAAAAUGGCUCACCAGAACUUUGUCCCAGGGACGGCUAGCCAGGAUAUGAAGAAUGAUGUGGAGCUCACAAUUUCGGCCAAGAAUUUGGUGAAUAAAGAUGUCCUUUCUAAGUCUGACCCCAUAUGUGUGGUUUAUGUUCGUCACUUGGAUCAUUCCUGGGUAGAACAUGGCAGAACAGAGCAAAUCUGCAACACACUGAAUCCAGAGUACACCACCAAAAUUGUGAUUGGCUACCGUUUUGAAGAACUACAGAAACUGAAGUUCAAAAUUUAUGAUAUUGAUAGUAAAAGCACAGCCCUGGAUAAGCAUGAUUUCUUGGGAGAAGCUGAGUGCUCCCUUGGUGAAAUUGUUUCUGCACGAAACUUUGUUACAGCACUUAAUCAUUCGAAAAACAAAAACACGGGCCAAUUGUGCAUUAAAGCCGAAGAAAUUGGGUCAAUCAAAGAAGACGUUGAAUUAUUGUUUAGCGCACAGGGUUUCAAAAAGAGCGGUCUCCUCAGCAAACCUGACCCUUUCUUAGCCAUUUACAAAGAGAGCACUUUAGUGCAUCGCACGCCAUUCAUUAAAGAUAACUGCAACCCAGAAUGGCCAAGGUUCGUUCUACCUAUGCGAUUCCUACGUACGAAAGACGAAAAUAGCGUUUCCCUAUUGCUUCAAUGCUGGAAUUGGAACGGAGAUGGAAGCCACAAACUAAUGGGGGAAGUUCAAGUUACUACACAAGAAAUUCUAAGUGCACCCAAAACUUUCUCUCUGAACGAUAAGAAAACGGGAAAAAGCGUAGGAAAACUGUCUUUACAUGAGUCUAAGGUAACGAAAACCCACUCUUUCUUGGAUUACGUCACUGGAGGUACCCAAAUUAAUUGCACCAUAGCCAUCGAUUUCACUGCUUCGAAUGGAACUCCUAGCAUGCCCACCUCCCUGCAUUACAUGGGUCCGACACCCACACUCUAUGAACAAGCGUUGUUGUCUGUCGUCACAAUCAUUCAGGACUAUGAUAGUGAUAAGCAUUUUCCAGUUUUGGGAUUCGGUGCCAAGGUGCCUCCAAACGGAAAUUUAUCUCAUGAAUUUUUUGUCAAUAUGACUGCAAACCCACACUGCUUUGGAGUCGGUGGAGUGAUAGAUGCUUAUCGACGAUGUUUGCCUUUGAUUCAGCUGUACGGGCCAACCAAUUUUGCUCCGGUGAUUAACCACGUCGCGCGUUUUGCCGCAGCCCACUCUAAUGGCGACCAGUAUUUCAUUCUCCUCAUUCUUACUGAUGGAGAGAUCUGCGAUUUUCCAGAGACAAAGCAGGCAAUUAUAUCGGCAUCACAUUUGCCUAUGUCUAUCAUAAUCGUUGGAAUUGGUCCUGCCGAUUUUUCAUCUAUGAAAGAACUUGACAGCGACAACGGCCAUUUAACGGCUAACGGGCAUUCUGCCGUUCGCGACAUAGUUCAGUUUGUAUCGUUUCGCGAUUUCUUACAUCAAGCAGAUCCAAACCGCGCCUCUGUAGAGUUAGCUAGCGCAUUGCUUGCGGAAGUUCCAAACCAACUAGUCGCUUUCAUGAAACUAAAAAAACUGACACCGAAAACGCCAUUCUAAUAUUAGCUUCCAAUAACAGACCCGCAAGUUACACUUUUAGCUUACCCGGGAUUUAUUUUUUUGCUUCAUUUCUUCUUCGUGGUUCGUUGGGGUUCUUCACUCUCGGCACUUAUCCAGUUGAAUUCAAUUAUGCGAAUACAUACAUAUAACAAACUACAAUUUUAUGACGGUACCUGCGUAACGAAAUAUAGGCUUUAGUCGCAUGGCUUUCUCGUAUCUGUAAUUUGACAUAAUUGAACUCCCCCAUUUGUAAUGUAUCAUGGCUAGCAACUGACAUUAAACGGAGAAUAGGGACACAGCUGUAACAUCUGUCGCGGUAUCGAUUGUUAGGUUGAGAACCCUAAAUUAGAUUGUCUUUCCCAGUCGUUAGAAAUAGUUAAAACAAAGUGCUCUAAUAAGUUAAACAAAGUACGUGUAACAAUAGUCUGAACUACUAAUCAAAUAUGGGCUUAUUCUGUAUAAUUGGAAUGCGCACGUUUGUUUUUUCUUGUUUCAUUCUUUCUUGAAUCGUAAAAAGCAAAAAAAUCCGUCAAGCGUAUAAUUAGAAUUAAACUAAAAAAUCCUAUUUCAGCUUUAAUUUUACCCUACAGCCCGGAAACGAAUGCCGCAUCGUAAAAAGGAAAUCCGACAAAAAGAACCACAUCUCGACUUGCGUCGGAACACAUUUAGAGUCAAUGACGUCACAGACAUAAUCGGCCUUGUGUGGGAAAGUAGAACAGGUCGAUUUGUACGUUGUUCCGUUAGCUAGACGUCAGUUCAGUGAAAAGCUAGUGCUUUUGUAUUUCUCGUUCAUGCGCUCACGCCUUGAAGUGAAUUGGUUUAUUUUUCUUGCAUAUUCGCUAUUAAAUACAGCUAUAAUACAUUU